AUGCUACUCCUGCCUCUCCUCGCCGCUCCGGCGCUUCGCCUCUUCGUCUCCAAGUCGCUCAGCAUAUCUGAGCGGUCAGCAGCGACGACUGCACUGCGCGAGGCGGCUGGAGACGGCCGCCCGCUCCGUGCCGUCCAGUUUGACUCGCCUCGCCGCUCCCUCCUCAUCAGCGGCGAGGAUGACGAGGACGAGACGCUCCGACACCACAUCGUAGCGGCGCUCGAUGCUGUCGCGCACGAGCCGCAUCCGCCGUCGCCGGUCUUUGUCGCAGUGACCACCGAGCCGCAGACGGCAGAGGGAGCCGCCGACGCCGUCGAGAGGGCAGUGCAUGCCGACAUCGAGGCGUUCGGGCUUCGCGAGCCUCUCCGGCGGCGGCCAAGCCCCGGCUGGGCUCUCUCUGACGUCACUCCGGCGCUGCAUGCGGUGCUCGUCGGAGCGCUGCAUGCGGUGCUCGACGGCGCGGCUGUCGGCGGGCGGUGGGACGUGUCGAGCCUGGUGGCGGUGGACGGCCUCGUCGACGAGAAGCUGCGGGCCGGCCUCCUCUCGCUCCUGCACGGCCCUUCGUGGCCGCCGGAGAAUGGCGCCGACCCAGACUACUCCUGGCAGCCACGGCUCUGCGCCGACCCAGACUACUGGUGCGAUGGCUCCUUCUCGGACACCCUGUCCGGCGGGCCGGCGAGCAGCGGCGUCGGCUUGCGGCCGGCACGGCUGGCCGCGCUAGAAGCGGGACCUGGACUCUUGCUGGCCGCGCUCUGCGCUGAGGGGCGAGACACGCCACCGGCGGUGGCGGAGCUGGAGGCGCGAGUCGGGGCAUACUUGCGCGCCGUCGACGCCGCGAGUGGAGGAGGCGGCGUCGACGUCUGCCGCAUGCCGAAGGCGGCUUUUGGCCCAGAGGUGACGCCUCUCGCGGCGAACGCGCCGGUGUCGUCCGAUGGCGAGGCGGCGUACGGCUGGCACAUCGACGCUGACCCGGCGCUGCUUCCACCUUCGCCGUGGACAGACUGCUUCGGCCGCUACCCCAACCGGUCGCCUGGCAAGCCGCGCUUCGUGACAGCGCUCGUCUACCUCUCUCCCGAGUGGCGGCGUGCGAUCGAGCGGCUCGUGGUUUCGAACCACCUCUCCCUGAGCGCCGAUGAGCCCGAGGAGCUCGAGGCGCAGGAGAGGGGCGAGCUCGAGGCGCAGGAGAGGGACGUGCCGGCCGACUUUGGCGCCUCCUUCGCCGCCAGCGCCCACUUUGUCGCCGAGGCGGGCGGCGAGGUGGUCGCGUCGGCGGGCGUGGCGCGUGCGGAGGGGGGCGAGGGGCGGCGAGCGUGCCGGCUGUACGAGAGCCUCGGCUUCGCCCUCGAGCGGCGCGAAGCCGCGCGGAGCCUGCCGCGGCCGAUGACGGUGCUAUGGUAUCGGAAGGAGGCGGACGCGCUGUACAAGGCGCUGCGCAAGCGGUCUGCGGCGCGGCUGUGGCGGGAGGAGGCGUGGCUGUUUGACUGGCGAGGGGGGUUGCGCGUGCACCUCCGCUGCCGCGCCGGCCUCGAGGGUCUGCUGGCGGAGGAGGCGGGGGACCUCUUCCGCGUGGUGCGGGUGAGGCGCGGCGGGCUGGUGGCGGCGGCUAGGAGGGCGUGGCGGCUGGAGGAGGCGUACCGCCUCCGCCGCUUCGACACGCUGGGCUUCGAGGUCGGGCGGGGCGGCGGCGGGGAGCAGCGGGCUGUAGACGCGGAACACGGAUUCGUGUAUUCCAACCAGCGCUGGAGAGGACACGGACUCAACUGCAUUCACUUCUACCCUCCCUCCCUCGUAUCCACGCGGUGCUCCGAGUACUCCGCACAGCACGCGUACUCCCGCCCCGAGGCUGGCGUACUUCAGCAUACGGGCCAGCACUACGCGGGAGUGCACCCGCCGCUGGCGGCGGCGAUGGCGCGGCUGGCUGGAGAGGGCGCGGCGGAGGGGCGCACGAUGCUGAUCGAGGCGGCGAUCGCCCGCCCCGCGGCUGUCCGCACGCUAGUCGGGACCGACGUGGCGCCCGCCGCCGUCAGCCUGGCGACCGCCAACGUCGCGGAGGCGCGGCGGCGCAAGCUGCUAGCCGAUCGCGUCGGCGCGACCCGAGGGGCAGAUUCCUGCUAUGGCUGCGCCGUCCUCAGAGAGGUCGACUUUCGCGAGGGCGUCGAGCGGAUACCGGAGCUCGCGCUGGGCGGCGUCUCCCUCGUCGUCUCCAACCCUCCGUUUGGGCAGCGCGUCAAGGUGCGGGACCUGCGCGCGCUCUACACGGACCUCUUCGCGGCGUCCGCAGCGGUGCUUCGCGGCGGCGGCAGGCUCGUGCUGAUCAACCCGCGCCGCGUCGCGCCCGAGGGGCUCGCCGCAGAGGCACUCUCGCUCGAGUCGCGCCGCACCGUCGAGCUGGGCCUCCGGCGCGCCGGCAGCGUGGAGACGGAGUGCAAGCGGCGCAAGAAUUCUUUUUGA